CCAAAAUCUAGUAUGGCGGUUAUUCCAGGAGCAGCUGCUUGCGUUAUUUGAAAAUACGAUCCUUUCUGUGACUGGUAAUCAGUGGACAAAGAGUGGUGAAAUCAGCACGUUUAUAUUAAGUUUCUAAUUAUUAUAAAGCCCCACGUGCACAGCAAUUUUAAUCAUUAUCAUCAUUAUCAUGACGGAUCGGAUCGAAUUGAGGAUGAACGUGGCCGCGUUGAAACGAGUUGAUCCCUAUGUCAAGGAUAUUCUCGAAACCGCGACUCAUGUCGCUUUGUACACAUUCAACGCAGAAGAGAAUGAAUGGGAUAAGACGGACAUCGAAGGCGCUUUGUUUCUUUAUUCGAGAAAUGGCGAACCGUAUCACAGUAUUCUCAUAAUGAACAGAUUGAAUACGAAUAAUUUAGUAGAACCAGUUGCUCCUGGUUUAGAUUUGCAGCCACAGGAACCAUUUCUGCUGUACAGAAAUUCCAGAAACAACAUACAUGGUAUUUGGUUUUAUGAAAAAGAAGAGUGCAUACGUAUCGCAUGCAUGUUAAGAAAACUUUUGAAGGAAUGCGAAGAGACUCGCAGUGUUAAUAACAAUGAACCAGUAGAUAAAAUUAAAAAAACCUCAGGAUCUAAUGUGAACGAUGUGGAUAUAUUCAGUAUGCUCAGCAAGGCGCAAAAGGAUUUCAAUACAAGCAGGAAUAUUGAAGGUGGCACAAUAAUCAGAUCAAACUCUCCACCGAAUAAUGUUACCGGGCCACUAGCUGUUCCCUUAGGACCUGACGUUACCUCGCAAAGUGUAAUGGAUUUCUUUGCUAAAGCUAAGGUGAAUACUGGACAUUUCAAAGCAGGCGAUCCGCCUACUCAGGGAAGUGCGGUUGCAGCUGAAAGCAAACCUUUACUCGCCCGCUUAAUGUCUCACCCAGCGGCGCAUACUUUGGAACAUAUUGAAAAACAACAGAGAUCUAUAACGCCACAGCCCUCCACCCUUCAGUCGCAAUCCGCAACAAUUUCCUCUACAAACAGAUCUAAAAGACGGAACAAAGCAACUCCUCAACAAGAGUCAGUAAUGUCCACGUCUACGUCGAUCUCACAAGAUCAUUCGUUACCCGUUACUCAAACUACUACUGAUUCAAACGGGCCGACUGGAUUUCUCAGGAUACUGUCUCCAACCAACACGAGUUCUUUAAAAAACCAUCAAUCUAUGAACGUUGCUAAUACCAACAAUGCCAAUCCACUUGCAUCAUUAUUUGCUCACGCUUCCGGAAGUACAUCAUCGGAUGACAUUAUCGCACCGACAGCAACAUUGUCUGGAAGAGGAUCAGCGCCAGCCUUGAUACCUCCUGUAAUGUUUGCCGCUCCCAGUCCGCCAGAUCCUUCAAGCAGAUCAGUAGAACCAUUGACGAGAAAUCAGCUUUUACAAGCGUUCAAUUACCUGUUGAAAAGCGAUCCAGAUUUUAUCAACAAGCUUCACGAGGCCUACGUCAAAUCAUUUGGAGAGAUACUUUCCUAAAUCUGUCAGCAUAUUGUAAUACUAACGAAAAACCCAUGCGGGUUGUGACUGAUAAAACAAUUAAGCUAAAAAUCUCGAUACUGUGUAUGUACAUGUAUGUAUGUACAUAUUUGUGACAAUGCUCGAAAUUCAAUUGACUCGAGAAACCAAGAGCCGUUUCUUUUAAAAGAAAGGAAAAUUUCUUUUCUGGCCAAGAGUUAGAAAGCAAUUACAGGAAUACAAGACGAUAUGAUACCUUGAACAGUAUUUUUGUAAAAUAAUGCGCUUUCUUUCGAAAAAAAAGGAAAGAAUACAUGUAAGAAGUGAUCGGUAAUGGAAAUCAGUGAGAAAUCUGUGAACAAAUUGGAUGGUAUACAACGGGAAAAAUAAUGAGCGGUUUUUAAACUGUGAUGCCAACAUUUGUAUUAUAAGCGCGUUUUAUGACUGAAAUUUCAAUGCAGCACGAGAUCCUUUUUUUUUUGAGCUGAUCAAAAUAUCUAUUUUACAGAGUAAUGACGUAUCCUUCCUAUAUAUCGGAUACCAAUGUGUAUGUUAUCCAUGAAAAGGAACAAAUAAAUAGAGACAAACACAUCGAGAAGAUGCUUAAAAUAUA